AUGUCUUUAGAAAACUUGAGCAAAAUAGAGUGUAGCAGAAUGGGGAAAAAUAAUAGUAGUACUAGUAGUAGUAGUACUACGAGUAAUAGUGGUAGUAAGAAAGAAGAAAGAUUAUUAAAAAUAGCAUUCUUACAUCCAGAUCUUGGUAUUGGAGGAGCUGAAAGAUUGGUUGUUGAUGCAGCACUUGCUCUAAAGUCAAAGGGACACAGUGUCACAAUGUAUACAUCACGUCACGAUCCAAAGAGAUCGUUUAAAGAGACACAUAAUGGAGAACUAGAAGUCAAGGUUGCUGGUGGAUACUUCCCACGUCAUCUAUUUUGGAGAUUCAUGGUCAUCUGUGCAAUCAUUCGUAAUGUAUUGUGUGCAUUGUCUAUCAUCUUUGGCAAGACAAAGUAUGACGUUGUCGUCAUUGAUCAAAUAUCUGCAUCGAUUCCUCUCUUUAAAUUAUUGUCACGUUCAAGAGUACUCUUUUACUGUCAUUUCCCAGACAAGUUGUUGACUAGUCGUACAUCUCUUCUCAAGAAACUGUAUCGUGUGCCAGUCGAUUGGUUCGAAGAAUACACUACGAGUUGGGCCGACAGAACCGUUGUCAAUAGCAACUUUACAGCAUCCAUCUUUAAAGAAUCUUUCAAAUCAAUUCACAAUCUUCCAUCGGUUCUCUAUCCCUCUUUAAAUCUUAAACAAUAUGAUGAAACUAAACCAUCAAAUGAAGGUUUAUCUUUUAUUCCAAAAGACAAAAAGAUAAUAUUAUCAAUUAAUAGAUAUGAAAGAAAAAAGAAUUUAUUAUUGGCAUUGGAUGCAUUCAAAGAGUUGCGUGAUAAAUUACAAGGUGAUAAUAAUGUUGAUCAAUAUCAUGUAGUUAUUGCUGGUGGUUAUGAUCCUGGAUUAAAAGAGAAUGUUGAACAUUUACAAGAGUUGAAACAACGUUGUCAAGAGUUGGGUAUCAGUGAUCAUGUAUCGUUUGUCUGUUCAUUCAACGAGGAACAGAGAUCAUGGUUGUUGAGAAACUCUAUCUGUCUUGUUUACACUCCAUCCAACGAACACUUUGGCAUUACACCACUUGAAGGUAUGUAUAUGCGUCUUCCAGUGGUCGCCGUAAACAGUGGUGGUCCACUCGAAACUGUAAAGAAUGGUGUCACUGGUUAUCUUUGUAAUCCAACUCCAAAGGAUUUCUCUACUGCAUUUUAUAAAAUUGUUAAAGCUAAUUCAAAGGAAAUGGGUAAUGAAGGUAGAAAAUGGGUAGAGAAGAGUUUCUCUUUCCAACAAUUUGCAAAUUCUCUAGAUGAUAUUGUAUUAUCUAUAUAA